UUUGGAAAUUCCGAUCGUGUGUACGCGGCGUAACUUGCAUGACCUUGACUGUAAAACCUUAAAAGUGAACAUACUUUGAAUAUUAUUAAAACAUUAUCUCCAACAGAUGGACACUAUCUCCCGAAUGACUUAGGGCAUCAGCGUACUUUAUCUCCAGACUGUAUUACAGAAGAUGAUGACUUUGCCCAGUUUCCUCCAGGAGUAAAUCCUGUUAUUAAAAAUAUACAUCCUAGACUUCACCAUGAAACUGGUUCAAUGGAUCCCGUUAAGUGCAAACCUCCUGGAAUAUCACCUACUGUCACAAGCACCGGUGAGGAGAUAUUUCCGUGUCCCCAAUGUGACAAAUGUUUUGGCUUUAAGCACAGACUUGUAAGACAUCUCAUGGUGCACACCGGAGAGCGGCCCUAUAUAUGUUCAGACUGCGGGAAAUCUUAUGCACGGAAAUUGGACCUUCUCACCCAUGCCAAAAUUCACACCGACGAGAGGCCCUUUUCAUGUACGGUCUGUGGAAAAGGCUUUAUAGAUAAAAAGCGGCUUAUUGAACACGAGCGAGUGCACACUGACGAGAGGCCAUUUUUGUGUACAGUCUGCGGGAAGAGUUUUAGAGGACAAAAGUGGCUGAUUGAACACGAGCGACUUCACACCGGUGAAAGACCUUUUUCCUGUGCGGUGUGCGGAAAAGGUUUUGGAGAGAAAAGGCGGCUUGUCGAACACGAGCGGCUGCACACCGGUGAGAAACCGUUUUCCUGUACGGUCUGCGGGGAGGGCUUUAGAGGAAAAAAGAGGCUGAUUGAACACGGGCGACUGCACACCGGUGAAACGCCUUUUAAGUGUUCCGAUUGCGGGAAGGAAUUUAGAACCAGAGGCGUUCUAAACCUACAUCGGCAAUCGCAUGCGAGCGGGCAGCCGUAUUCCUGUGCGCAAUGCGGAAAACGCUUUAAAUAUAGCAUCAGCCUUAGCCGACACAAGAAACUUCAUGCACAAGAUAAUUCCUUGUCCUGCUCGGAGUGCGGGAAAUCUUUUACAACCAAAUACGAACUUCGUGUUCAUGCGAGAUGCCACACGGGAAAGAAGGUCUUCCAAUGUCCGGACUGUGAGAAAUCCUUCUUAUGGAAUGCGGACCUUGUUAACCACCAGAGAGUUCACACCGGUGAGAAGCCCUUCCCUUGUUCUCUAUGUGACAAACGUUUCUCCUAUAAAGCCAUCCUAGAGGACCAUAUAAAAGUCCACACCGGUGAGAGGCCAUUUUCUGUACAGAGUGCGGGAAACGUUUCAUUCAGAAAAGAGCCCUCAACCAGCAUAUGAAAAGCCACACCGGCGAGAAGCCGUUUUCGUGUUCCGAAUGUGGUAAAUGUUACUCACAGAAAGGAAGCCUUGACUACCACAUGAAAUGCCACACCGGCGAGAAGCCGUUUUGCUGCGAAAAGUGCGGAAAACUUUUUAUGGUGCAACAGCAACUUCUCAAACACCAGAGUUGUGAAGGUAAGUGUGAGAAGUCAAAACCUGGACUCCUUGGAGAGCAAAAAGGUCACAUCAAAGAGAAGAGGUUUCCAUGUUUAUUAUGUGAGAAAUCCUUUAAACGGAGAGACCGCCUUGUUACCCACCAGAGAGUUCACACCGGAGAGAAGCCCUUUUCUUGUCCUGAGUGCGGCAGAUGUUUCUCCAUUAAAAGAAACCUGGAUGACCAUAUAAAAAUGCACAGCAGCGUGAAGCCGUUUACCUGCGAAGUGUGUGGGAAAGGGUACAUACAGCACCGGCACCUUCUUACACACAUGACAAGCCACACAGACGAGAGGCCAUUUUCAUGUUCAGAGUGCGGGAAGAGUUACAACCGAAAAGACCGGCUAGUCAAGCAUCAGAAGACAGAGGGUCACCAAUGGCAGAUACACAAAUAUGGAAGCGAAUAUUUUUCUGUCUAGAAACAGUAUCAUGAAACUGACGAGAGUUUUUAGUUGACUCAAAUGAGUGGUGGGCCUACUAUCGAAGCCCGCCUUAAAUGAGUUGUGGGCCUAUUAUCUAAGCCCACCUUAGAUCCAUUCUCCCCCACCUCAAUUAAAUGGUGGGCCUACUAUCUAAGCCCACCUUAGAUCCAUUCCCCCCCACCUCAAAUGAGCGGUCGGCCUACUAUCAAAUCCCACCUUAGAUCCAUUCUCCCCCACCUCGAAUGAGUGGCAGGCCUACUAUCUAAGCCCACCUUAGAUUCAUUCUACCCCACCUCAAAUGAGUUGUGGGCCUAUUAUCUAAGCCCAUCUUAGAUCCAUUCUCCCCCACCUUAAAUGAGUGGUGGGCCUAUUAUCUAAGCCCACCUUAACUCCAUUCUCCCCCACCUCAAAUGAGUUGUGGGCCUAUUAUCUAAGCCCACCUGAGAUCCAUUCUCCCCCACCUUAAAUGAGUGGUGGGCCUACUAUCUACGCCCACCUUAGAUCCAUUCAUCACCAUCUCAAAUGUGUGGUGGGCCUACUAUCUAAGCCCACCUUAACUCCAUUCUCCCCCACCUCAAAUGAGUGGAGGGCAUAUCAUCUAAGCCCACCUUAGAUCCAUUCUCCCCCACCCUAGGGUAUUCUUACUCUUCCUGGUUAAUAUUCAUUGAAUAAAAUAAAUUAAAGCUACAAAAAAAAUAAAACUAGCAGAUCUAGGAAUUGAAGAAAAAAUCUCACCAGUGGGCAUCUGAGAGAUAUGGAACACUAUGAGGUCAGAGUAAAUGUAAACACUAACCGACCUAUAUUUCGUUUGCACUGUGAACUUUGUAUAAUGAACACUUGUCAAGUUUUAUUACUUAUAAUAAAAGAUAUUUUCACAUUUCA